GAGCUCGCCAGUUUGUAAUCCUAAAAUCCUAAAAUGAGUUACAUCUGGUUCGUUCAGCCAUUCAAAUGACAAAAAUGUAUGGGGAAAGAAUUCAUAAAAAGGUCACAAACUGACUUAUAUUAAGCCUGUGUUAACCGCAGACAUUAUUUUCGGCAUUUAUCCCAAAACCCAAUUCUUUCCUAUUCAUUUUCGCCAUAUGAAUGGCUGAACGAACCAGAGGUAACUCAUUUCUGGGUUUUAGGAACACAAGAUGGCGUUCUCUAUGUCGAACAAGCCGAUUGACUAAAUAAGGGUCAUGCACGCCGAAGCAAAGCACUGCUGAAAAACUACUUUACCCAGAAGCUCUUUGUCAAUUUAUGGCGGAAUCUACAGAGCGUGGCUAGCUACUAUCCAAAUAAACAACAACAAAAUCUAACGUUAGUGGGUAGAAGAUGCUGCGCAGAAAGCCCACCCGUCUGGAGCUGAAGUUGGAUGACACGGAGGAGUUUGAGAGUGUCAAGAAAGAGCUUGAGAGUCGGAAGAAACAGCGAGAUGAGGUGGAUGUUGUUGGCGUGGCGAUGUCGAGUGACAUGGUGGGGGCCGGUAGUGGAACAGGGGAUGGGAAGACACGGGAACAGAUGAUCAAUGAGAGAAUAGGCUACAAGCCCCAUCCUAAACCCAACACCUUGCCAUCGCUCUUUGGAAACCUGCAAUUUUAGGUUCCUAACAGACACAGAGACCACUAAAAUGGUUGGCCCCUCCAGCAUUGGUGUGUGGUUGGCACCGUGAUUGUGCUCUUGACAUGGUCAGGGGUAUUUGUUUACCUGAGAAGUGUAUCUCUACAAAGAAAUGUGUACUUUGAGGAUCAUAUUGCAUUCAUAAGUCUAAAGUAAUGUUGCUGCAUUUACCUGAAAAGUUAGGACUUGCGAUGCAAAGGGUGGCCUUUUGUACAAUGUAAUGUUUGAUGGGAGGGGUCGUGUACAGUGGUUUCCCUCCUUCAUUACAAACAUCCAGACCUGGUAGCAUCUGUGCGAAGAUCGAUUAACUGAAUGGACUUGAACUAAAUCAGUCAUUACUUACAAUGGUAUGCUUGUACUUUUAUUUGCCUUCGAUGCCGCAUUAUGUCAAGGACAGGAGACUGCAACAGAAUCUAACAAAUACAGUUCUUGAAUGAUACAA